UGUGGCAGACGGACGUGCCCGAGCGAGCUCGCGGAAGGGCGCUUCGUUUCGACUCCUGGGCGGCAGACCCCGGCUGUGGCAGCGGUGGAGCGCGUGACGGCGGCCGCGGCGUCGGCCAACUGCGGCGGCUGGUGCUGGGGGCGCGCGUGCGGCGGAGCUUGCAGUCCCAGCCCCGCCGUCGUCGUAAACCUGGCGCCCCCGCGCGCGCUCAAGAUCUCGCCGGUGAAGGCGGAGCAGCUCGACAUGGCUGAGCAGCCGCAGAAUGGAUUUGCAGGGAGCGGGGAGCGGAAGGUCCAUCCGGAACUGGCGGUGUCCCGGGGAGCCGUACGGAGCACUGGGGCCCCACUGCCCGAGCUCCCAGCUCCUCCCUCGGCGCGCCCGCAAGCGCCCGGCGCGCCGGAGCAGCGCGUGACGCGUGUGGCUGGUGUUGCAGAGAAGCGGCGGCUCAGCCUGUGCGUGGGGUGCGGCGCGCAGAUCCACGACCAGUACAUCCUGCGCGUGGCGCCCGACCUCGAGUGGCACGCCGCCUGCCUCAAGUGCGCCGAGUGCCACCAGUUCCUCGACGAGACCUGCACCUGCUUCGUGCGCGACGGCAAGACCUACUGCAAGCGCGACUACGUCAGGUUGUUCGGGACCAAGUGCGACAAGUGCGGACUGUCCUUCAGCAAGAACGACUUCGUGAUGCGCGCCAAGACGAAGAUCUACCACAUCGAGUGCUUCCGGUGCAGCGCCUGCGAGCGGCAGCUGAUCCCGGGGGACGAGUUCGCGCUGCGCGAGGACGGGCUCUUCUGCAAGGAGGACCACGAGGUGCUCGAGAAGGCCACCAACAGCGAGAACAACAACAACACCACCAACGUCAACAAUAACAACAGCAGCACCAACAACAACGAGGGCUCCAACUCCGACUCGUCGGAGUCGGGCUCGAACAAGGGCGGCCGGGAGUCGGGGCGAGCGUCGGGCGCCAAGGCGACGUCGGACGGGAAGCCGACGCGGGUGCGCACCGUGCUGAACGAGAAGCAGCUGCACACGCUGCGCACCUGCUACAACGCCAACCCGCGGCCCGACGCGCUCAUGAAGGAGCAGCUCGUCGAGAUGACGGGGCUCAGCCCGCGCGUCAUCCGCGUCUGGUUCCAGAACAAGCGCUGCAAGGACAAGAAGAAGGCCAUGCUGCUCAAGCAGCAGAUGCAGCAGGAGAAGGACGGCCGCAAGCUGGGCUACGGCGCCAUGCAGGGCAUCCCCAUGGUGGCGUCCAGCCCCGUGCGCCACGAGUCGCCGCUCGGCAUGAACCCCAUCGAGGUGCAGUCGUACCAGCCGCCCUGGAAGGCGCUCUCCGACUUCGCGCUGCACACAGACCUCGAUCGCCUGGACCCCUCCGCGCCGCCGUUCCAGCACCUGGUAAGUCAGAUGCACGGCUACGACGUGCACGGCGCGCCGCCCCCGCCGCCCCCGCACGACCUGGGCCCGCCGCCGGGCGACAUGGCGCACCCCGACUCCACCGACUCGUACGUCACGUACCUGGAGAGCGACGACAGCCUGCAGCACGACGCGGCCAGCCCAUAACGGACGCGCCGCCGACGCCUCGCCGGCAGGUCGGCGUGCUGCCACCCCGUCUUAUAUACGUAAUGCGCGGACCGCCGGGCAGCCCGCGCGGCUGCUGCCGCACACCAUGAGACGCCACGGCACACCAUGAGACGCCGCGGCACACCAUGAGACGCCGCGGCACACCAUGGGACACCGUGGCGCGGUCCCGCCCCGCCCUGCCGCCGUCACCCUUCUCCUCGCCUCGCCAGCGACACGGAGGCCGCUGCUCAACUACACUGCCCCCCAACCCUCCACCCCCACCCUGCUCAGCACUCCCCAGUAACGCCUCCACAGUUUUAAACUAACUGGGGUAGCUAAUUAGUCGUACUGAAAUUCGUCCAGAAGCAGGCAAUAGAGGGGAAAAUCAGUUGCAUUAUUUCCCUUCAAUAAAAGUUUGUUCAUAAUCUUAACUCACAAUUUACACGCAGCAAUGAUUUUUGCCGUCUAGGAAGAUAAUAUGCAGCAACUUUGUUUCUUUGUGACCGGUCUUACUUUCCACUAGAGGACCGCGUAUGAUAUUUGCGUGAUCAUCCCUCUACAGUGCCACAGCUCACUACGCAUAAGGACAAGAAAUCUUGCAUCUAAGCACAGCCAUGUAUCGAUAAACUCCCCCUUCGUUUCUCACGGAGAAUGCCAGGAAAGAGAUGAGGAAAAUACCUUCCAGAUAAAUUCCAUUAUUUUUUGUAGAUUAUGUUGUGAACUGCAAAAUACGAAUUGCGCAAGACGGACGACACAGGAGAACCUGUUCUUUUUGCUUAUAGCUUUAAGUGAAUAUCUUCCGAGUAUUAUCUGGACACUGGACUGAAGAGUUUUACAUGCCCCACAAACUGCUAGUUUUAUCCCCAUCUGGAAACGGGGAACUGGGGGCACAACCGGAAAUGCGAUAUAUGUUUCGUUAAGCGCGCCAGGGGCACUUUAGAAAUAAGAUACAUGAAAGAACUGCUUGACUACUUAGUGUUACCUUGCUUUCAUUUCUCUUUCACAACUGUCUACCUUUCUUACCAAAUGCUCUGCAACAGAAGUUUCUACUUGGACACUUUCAGUUUGAAAAUCACUGCAAACUUCAUAAUAAGAGGGUACUUCCCAACGUAUCACGCAGUAGGUGUUCACUUUUGAUUGCGAUUCUUUAAGGAUUACUAGUGAUUUACUUCUGAAAUGAUUUUAAUUAAUUUAAUCCUAUUACCAUGUAGCAUUGUGAGGAAAUAUCCGACAGUGCUGCUAGACAGAUUCUUCGUGAAAAAAGAAGAAAAGCUCUUGAAAUCUUACAAGUAGUUUCGCGUAGAGUAAUUGGUGUUUUCAAUCUUCGCCAUCUUUGCAGGUGUGUCAUGUGGCUUGUAUCUAUGAUGUUGCUAGGUUCCUCAGUGGCGUAAAAAGAGGCUUUCGAUAUCAAAGUUUUCCUUAGAGUAAUUGGUGUUUUCAAUCUUCGCCAUCUUUGCAGGAGCGCCAUGUGGCUUGUAUGUACGUUGUUGCUAGGUUCCUCAGUGGUGUAAAAAAGAGGCUUUCGAUAUCAUGGAAGCAAACUUGUUCCGUUGGGUAUCACGUAUUUUUCCUUAAGGUGUGUGCAAAUUCACUGAAUGAAGUUAUGCUUCAGAUCUGACAUUAUACUGCCUGUUCCUCCAUCAACAUAACGCAUCCCACAGACUCCAGCAGAAUUUGAGGACAAGUGACAUACUAGCUUUUUAGUUUCUUUUGCGGAGGUAGAGGCAGCUGUAGAACCAAAUGUUUUUUUUCCGUUUUUACUACUGAAGCGAUCCAAUUGCCCCACAUCAUAUACUCAAACACAUUUCUUUGCCUCCACUCAAACUGUAAGGUGUGCACCACUUUCCCCUCGUUUAAAGUUGUCUCUGAAACGCUCGACAGAUCCAAAUCUUGUCGUCUGCCGGCGGACUCAGUACGGUAAGCAGUCUAAAAGGUUGCAAAGCUCCGCCAACAGCAAUCAUUUUUGCAUCUACGCUCACGCCGUAUUCUCCGAAUUCGAGGGCAGGAAAACACAACUAAGCUCGUUCCGUUUCAGCUUCAGACGUGCGAGUAGGGAGACAGUGGGUGUUUCUUUUCCCGCCGCGUGGUAAAAGGGCCCCCCCUUGCAGACAUUUGUGCGGCGUGCGCUGCUCGCUCGGGCGGAGGCGGCCCGCAAGCUGCGGCGCAGCCCCCGUCUGCGCCGCCAAUCGCGUGGAUCGCGGCGGCUUUCGGCCCAUUUAGCAUUCACCGCCGUGGCCCGGCCCGUCCCGAGCAGUGAUUGCAGCGGCGGCCCUCUCCCCGUAACUUAUGCACGGCCUCCUUAAAAGCCGGCCGCCUUAUUCUCGAGCCCCCACCAGGGACCACAAAUCGACCCCAGCCGCGCCCACACGACCCCUGCAUAAUUAAUACCCGGCACAGUACAGCCACGCGACUCCGGCGCGCGCGUCUCGGCCGUGUGCCAGGGGCCGGAACUCCUGUAUAGUAGCUAACUGACGCGUUUACGGCUGUUUGUCUUCCACUACUUUUGACUUUCGGCUCGCAAUGUGUGUUUUAAUUCUACGCAACCUAGAUGGAGAUGGGAAAAAUGCACACAACCGCCGAGUAACUGCAGUUCGACUUUAUUUAUUCAACGACCAGUUUCGACGAUAUCAUCUUCUAGUCUACGUAACCCACACUCAGGUUCGAAUACAAUUAUUGUUAUUAAUACUAUGUGCGAAUAAACCCGUGUUAAAGCGCCGCAUAGGAUGACGAAGUGCACCGGCUCUGGAACGAAUCCGUCGAGGAUUAAGGACGAGGGUCGGGGUACCGACCACCCUGGAUGUGGUUUUUAGGCACUUCUCCACAUCCCAUAAGCUAAAUACUAGCCUGGUACCCAAGUCCUGCUUCAGUUAUACGAUUCAUUUUAUCGUGUUUGUUUUGGCUUUGCUCCUGCUGUCAAAAAAGACGAAUAUCUUGUUUGGGUUUAUUAUUUUAAUGUGUCUGUAGAAACUUAACCUGUGUUUUCUAACAUCAGUUUGGCUAUUUGUGAAUUCUUUGAGUUCCUGUUUGGCUCUGCAACUUUUACUCCUAGAAUUUGUCUUACAGUUUUCGUUCCUUUUCCUCCAUGUUCUCAGUGUCUAUUUUUCCUCUUCAGAAAUAGUGUUUCUAAUCCUUAGAAGCAUUUUGGUUUAAUUAUUGUAUCGUAAUGUCUUAGUUUUGCUUGUUUGUAGAUACAUUUCUCGUUGCAGAUGCUUUCGAUUAGUCGAUAAGUAGUUCCGUCUCUUAGUAUCUAACUUAGUCUGAUUUUCUUUCGAUUCCAUUUUCCUGAUUGGUUUCACCAAGAUAUUUAAAUUUAGGAAGUCGUUUAAUUUUGUUAUAUUUCGCCUCGAUACAGUUUGGCUGUUUUUUUUUUUUUUUAAUUAUCCGUUCACGUAUUCAGACUUCUCAAAAGAUACCUGAAGACCGACGUUUUCUGCAGUUUCUUUCAGUCUGAUUCUGUGCUGAUGAAAUGUCGCGAGUUGAUACUGCUAAAUCGUAUGAAAAUGCUCCGCAAUCUGCGCUUGCUCCUAUCUGAAAUGAUAAGUUCGUUAAUUUUGAGGACUUACUUCUGUUGGCACCAUUCUUCUAUCCCUUUCUCAAGAACGCAGUUGAAAUUAAUGGAGAUGGCGUACCUCCUCGCCUUAUUCCGUUCCGUUUUGAAUUCGGAUUUAUUUACACGGUUACCGAAAUAUGAUUUUACACUGACUAAGCAUAGACCACUUUCCUUUUAGCGCUCACGCAUGUGUUGGUGAAGUUACGCCAUCGUCAGGGAGUUCAUUUAUUUUCCUUAGUAUCACAUACUGGUGCUUAUUUUGGUGUCUGUCGUUUGCAGUACAGCUGGUAUUUCGCUCCAGUUGUUGUUUCCUUGUUUCUCGUUCCUCGACGUAAACAGUAAUUUUUAACUGACACCUGACAUGUGAAUACCUGGUAAACAAUGACUCAGCGCGUGUUGGAAAAGCACAGUUUACAUACAGAUAUGAUAAUGGGGAGGCGACAAAAUAUUACCAAUUGGAGCAAAAUAUCAGUUCCACUGCCAACGACUGACGACCACAUGAACAUUAAUAUGCAAUUCUAAGAAAAUAAGUGAUCUCGCUGAUGAUGGCGAAAGCUCCCCGAAACAUGUUUGACUAUUAAAGAAGAAGAAUUUGUUUGCUCAAGGUGGAAUCAUAUUUCCAUAACUACAUAUUUGAAAGCAAACACGAACAAAAAGUGAGUCCAGAACAAGGUAAUACCAUCGAAACUAGCUGAACAGACAGUCAUAUUGGAGCUUCUCGACGAUCAUGUCUCCUUUUUCCAGUUGCUCAUAAGCUGUAGAGCACCACUUGCCCGCUACGUCACUUUUAUUGCCGUUGCAGUGGCUUCCCAACUGCACUAAUUAUCAGUUACAACUGCACACAGAAAUUAUAAUUUACGGUUGGUAGGACGAAACUAUUACUUAUCGAAAUUAUAGUCAAACUUAUGUUCUGGCACUGUACACUCUGUAACGUGCCCUUGGCAUAUUAAUAAUUGCCGUAUGUAGCUCUUUUGAGGAACAACGGUUUCGUCUGAAUCCUCUGGUGAUGGUUUCAUUACCGGAAUCAGUUUAUAAACUCUGCACUUUCCAUUCUUUACAUUUACUUUCAACAGUCAAAGUCUGAAUUAAGAGGUGCUCUGCAGUGUUAGAUUUUUAGAUCUUUAAUUUCCAUCACCGUUAAGAAAUAUUUUGGCCGGGUUCUUGUCUGUCUAUUUAACAAGAAUAUGUACGUUAUCCAGUCGCUGCUAUUUGUUUUAUUCGCAGCAGGGAUUGGAUUUGACGCCUCUUCUUAACGGAAACUUACUUCAUUCGUUUGUUGAUACAUCUCCGGUGUGAUCACAUACUGUCUGUAUUGGCUCUUUGCGUCAUAUUACAGUUUCCUGGCAGUGAGCAUCUACAGGUCAGCUUACAUUAUAUUGACAUCAACUUUACGCAGAGCCCAGUGUCAAAACGGAUAGAAACAUAGCUCAGACAUGGCCCAUUAUAGAUUUUGCAUUGAAGUACAAUUGCUGGAGUCGCGGUAUUGUUUAUCAAUAAAUGGGUGUUGCAUUAUAGCGGCUAUGAUAAUCGUUAUAAAUCAGUGUCCAACCGAUUACUGGAAUUAACCUUAAGUAGUAGUCUAUCAGUUUAGGGUGACUUAUGGGAUUUGAAAGUUUUAUCACUGAGUUUAGGAAAACAUUGCUGGUUUUAUCAGCCGAAUUUAGUCUGGUAUCAACUCAUGCAGCGUCCGCAUGAGAAAGUUAACUCUCAAACUGUGAAAAAAGCAAAACUGAAAAGAACAGGACGCCAAACGUCGUACAUUCAUCUCCAAACUAAAAUAUGACAGGUAAAGGCUUUCGACUGCUACAACUAAUAUUACCGAGGAAAAAAAAAAAUUAUUUUCAGAAGAAUACAUGUUGUGUUUUAAUAAACGUGUUGCUCCGUUUUACCAGCAUGUUUUUGUUCCGUAUUAUUAUUAGUUGUGCUUCACGAAAUACACAAGAUCUUCCCUCCGUUUCACUUUUAUUCUACAAAGUGCUGUUGCAAGAUUAUGUUUGUUAGAGUACUGUGUAAUUUCAACAGUAAGAGGUAAUUUCUCCGAACCCUGAAUGCGCUGACAGAAUUCGAUUAUGGCUGGUAUAUUACCCGUAUAUCGGAACUAAGAGCUGUCAGUCUCUGCCCUCAAGUGCAUUGCAGGCAUCCGAUGACUAUCAGCUACCCCAGGUUGGAAACAGAAUGGUCCCCUUCGCGACGGUGCGGCACGGAACAGCUCCCGGAGCCCCAGAAAUGUUCUUUUGGUAACAGACACUUUGAAAGAGUGUGUGCGUGUUCUUGGGUGCUGAGCAGGGGGGAGGGAAGUGGUCCCGGCAUGGGUUGGGCGACGUCGGCUGGCGGUUGGCGUGUGCGGCUGCGCGCCUCACUAGCCCCAACACGUCUGGUCUCUCUGGCAGCGUUGACAAAUGGGCGACCGGCCAGCGGCGCCCCUGUGUACAUACAACAUAGCCUCUUGUACGUAUUUCUACGCACUGUAUAGAUGUGUUACUUGUAUUAGCUAAUUUGUUUUCCUCUGGAUCAGUAACAUUUACUCGAUUAGACGCGAUAAUAAUAUGUAACCUUGUGGUGUAUUUAUUGUUUCGUUGCCUACGCAUAACAAAUGGAAGAAGAAACGGCGCAAAAAAAGUGCUCUAGCGGAUUUUCCACUGCUCUCGUUCUUUACAUACAUAUUUUUUUUUGCGUUUCUUCCUCUGUCCUAACGUCAGAACGUUUUUUAUACAGCUUGCAAAACAACGGCAGUUGCACUCCUGCUCGAGCAGUAAUAAGUGUAACGGUGAUUAAUAACUGUUCAGUGUGGCGGGAGAAAAUUUUUUGCCAAUGUUCCCAAGAAACCAGACCGCUCAUUAAGAUACAAACAGUUAUCGUUUAAAUUGCACUUUGUUGUUGUUAUCAGCGGAUGGCGGCGACCGGAGGGCACCACAGACGACGAAAAGUAGACCUUCUAAAAAGGAUUGUAGUAUUUCCUAUUUCCGUAUCAGAUUUACAUAAUGAGGAAAGAACCUCACACACAAAAAAAAUUUAAAUUUUGGCACAACUUUGAAAUGUGAGUGUAGUAUGUGUCAGUUUUCCGGUUGCCGUAUUGGCAGUCCUGUCGACAGUGGUUCCCCGUCGCUCGCCGCCAGCUGUGCUUCGAGCAGAGCGGGCAGCGGAGGGGCUGCCCCGCAACCAGGCCUGCCAACUGCACCUGCGCCCGGGCAGCCGCCCCGCACCCGCCCAAUCCACAAUAUGUACGCCCCAUGUUGGGGCACUUAAUGCUCUCUCUCACAACUGUACAGAACCACUUCUUGAGAUAUUUAAAAAUUAAAAGUUAUGCAUAACAGAUAUAUGCCAAAGAUGAAUUAAAAGGUUGUUUCAGUUAUUGGCCUUCAUACAUAAAUGA